UAUAUUUUAUAGGGCGCGAAGGCGCAGAUGUUGGCGGUCUGAACACAGAGAAGAAGUCGGCCGAGGUCUGCUCUUCAAGCUCAAGCACUUGACGUAUCUAAAAGCAAACAUUCUGCUGAAAUGGAAAACCUUGGAGACAUCCAAGUAAAGGAACUGAACAAGCGUGCUUCAGGUCAAGCAUUUGAGCUCAUCCUGAGCCCGUCAGCGGCAGAUGUCAAGGCCGAAUUUCCUUUGUCCCCUCUUAAGAAAAAGGAAACAUCGCUGGAUGAGAUUAAGAAAAAACUGGAAGCUGCAGAGGAGAGGCGCAAGAGCCAGGGGGCCGAAGUGUUGAAACACUUGGCUGAGAAAAGAGAGCAUGAGAAGGAAGUCCUCCAGAAGGCCAUGGAGGAGAGCUGCAACUUUAGCAAGAUAACACAAGAGAAACUCAAGCAGAAGAUGGAGGCAAACAAAGAGAACCGCUCCGCACGGAUGGCAGCUCUCAAUGAGAAAUUCAAGGAGAAGGACAAGAAGCUUGAAGAAGUGAAGAAGAACAAGGAGGCAAUGAAAGAAAUGGAGAAUUAAUUUGUUUACGAUCUGGAAAACAGUCUUUACAUCUCCAAAGAUAAGCUGUGCUUUUUUUAACUGACUGCUCCAUGGUAUUGUUUGUUGUUAGUUCUGAUUAUACAGUUGAAUGAAAGUUGUUUAUACAAUGUUAGACUGGGUGUGGAUAUAGUCCAAUUUUCUACACUUCUUUCUUAUUGGCAGCUAAUUACAUUGUAUUUUAUUUUUGGCAUUAUCUAUAUUUUUCCAUUAAAGGGCAUUUCGCUGGUGCAAAUUGGUGCUUACACUUCAUGCUGUUGAAAUAUAUCAGGUAGUAGUGUUUAAUACUGUUGUAAAGAUCGAAUAUGCUGUACCAAGCCAAGGUUUGACCAUUAAAGUCUGUAUUCACAAUUUAA